AUGAGGCCCUUGACCGAAGACGAGACCAAAGUGAUUUUUGAAAAAUUAACAAAAUAUAUCGGAAAUAAUGUGCUGCAUUUAAUUGAUCGAUCUGACGAAACUUAUUAUUUUAGAUUACAUAAUGAUAAGGUUUAUUAUGUAAGCGACUCAAUGUUGCGUCAAGCAGUUAGCAUAGGCCGUGAUCAAUUAGCUUCUUUGGGCGUAUGCUUUGGGAAAUUUACCAAAUCAAAAAAGUUCAAACUUCAUAUUACUGCUUUGGACUAUCUUGCUCAGUAUGCGAAGUAUAAACUAUGGAUAAAACCAAACGGUGAAGGUUCAUUUUUAUACGGGAAUCAUAUUUUAAAGGCUCAUCUCGGACGCAUUACCGAAGAUACACCCGAACAUCAAGGUGUUAUAAUAUAUUCAAUGUCUGAUAUACCUUUGGGUUUUGGUGUUACCGCGCGAUCUAUGGUAGAAAUACGGAAGUUAAAACCUACUGAUAUCGUCGCUUUUCACCAAGCUGAUAUUGGUGAAUAUUUACGUGAACAAGAUACAUUAUUUUAA